AUGCUCAAGCAGUGGAUUUUGCUGUUGACCUUCACAGGCCUUGCAUUAUCAAGUGAUUUAAAAGAUGACAGUUCAACGCAAUUACAAUUUUCUUCAACCACUAUUUCCCCACGAAUAGAAAUCACAAGCCAGAAACCUUAUCAAGACGUGCCAAGUGAAGAACAGGUUCAACAAAUAGCCAGUGCUGCUGAAAACUCUGGAACAUCUUCAAAUGCAAAUCUAUUUUAUUCUCGAUUGUAUCAUAUACUAAGCAAUAAUCCAGAUGCUAUCAGCGCAAUAACUGAACCCAGCGCAGAAAAGAAAAUACCUGUAGAAAGUCACCAACAUGUGACUGUUCAUCCCCCGACUACUAAUCGUGUGUCAAAUAUCCCUGUGCCUGUGCUCACACAACCGCUCCGUCAAUAUGUUCAAACUGUCGUAAAACCUACUCCAAAUCAGUAUAUUUCAGCUCCAGUUGGAUACUCGCAAGACUAUCAAAAUCCAAACCAAGAAUUGGUGACGGUUCACCAACCAUCAGGUGCUUCUGUCACUUCUGAAUCACAGCCACGUCCAAUUUCACCAUCAAUCAGAUAUCAUUCUAAAGUGCUCUACGUUACUCCUCCAACUGGGGCAGCAAAACCCCCCUUCUUUUAUCCAGUUGCAAUGAAAGAAGUACCUGUUGAAUCUCAGCAAUAUAUCUUUGCGCAUCCUCCAAGUGCACCUCCACUUUCCGUCGCAUCUCCUGUAUACUUUUAUCCUGCUUCUUCACAAACAGGUCACCAUUAUGAAACAGUGGCAAUUAAACCUUCAUCCGGGGGUUAUUUAAAGUACCCGGCAACAUUAUCGCCUUCGGUACAACAGAUCCAAACUUCUGUUCCUCCUGAACAUGUUCAGUACAUUCUCGCUCCUAUAAAACAAGUAAAAACAAAUGUUAGUAAACCUAUUAACACUGCAAAUAUAGAAGCUCACAAAUAUAUUAUAACCCAUCCACUUUCUCCCACAGUAGCGCCUAUUCGUAAUAUGCAGGUGGUAGCAAAUUCUCCUGCAGCUCCGCUGAUUAAGCACCUAGUGACUUUGUCCUCCACGCCCGUCAUAAACCAUCACGGUAUCCCUCAACUAAAUUACGCCUCAUCUCCAACUGUGGCUAGGACAGUUUUAAUUCCUGUUAUGUACAAUACUGAAAGUUUAUCUUCACCACAGUACGUUGAGGUGAAUAAGCCAAUCGAAUCAGCUCAGGCAGUAGUUAGUCAUCACGCUCUGGGCUCAAAACCUAUUCCAGUACCAGUAGUAGUGUAUCCCAACGAUGAGGGUCAUGUCAGGUAUAACUAUAAAGACCGUGUUGUUGGGUAUGGACUUGCUAGUAACGUCCUUCCACAGUAUGGUGGUUAUUCAAAAGACGUAGUAUUCUCUCCUUCAUCUGAGGUUUCGAGCGUUAGGUUUAGCGGGAACGGGUUUAAGUAUGAAUAUUAA